CGCCGGGGAGCGGCAGGAUUCCGCAUCCAAAGACGACAGGACCUUCUGCCUGCCUUCCCAAGCCUCUUGCUGGUGCUCCUAGUGGCUCCGCUGAGUCAGACUCUGACUUUCACCGAAAGACUCCUUACUGGCCUCUAGGAUUGCUGCCUUUUCCCAGCCCAUCUGGUUGAGUGAACAGAGAGUGUUGUUACCCCUGAGUGUGAGGACUGGUUGGUUAGCAACAAACAAGAGCCCCCUGGGGCCUCUGGCAGCGGCCUGAAGCUGGAACCAUCAGGGAAUAUGAGUGAGUUUUGGCACAAACUGGGCUGCUGCGUGGUGGAGAAGCCCCAGCCGAAGAAGAGGAGAAGACGGAUUGACCGCACCAUGAUUGGGGAGCCAAUGAACUUCGUCCACCUGACUCACAUCGGCUCUGGGGAGAUGGGGGCUGGAGAUGGACUUGCCAUGACAGGUGCUGUUCAGGAGCAGAUGAGAUCCAAGGGGAACCGGGACAGACCAUGGAGCAACUCUAGGGCCUUGUAGCUCCCGUGGGCCUGGUUUUGCAGUCUUGGAGUUCCUAUUCUGUGUCCAACCCAGAAGAAAUGCCAUCACCAGAUCCCUUCCACCAGUGACCGACCCAAGGGCCCUCUCUCUAACAAGUGCCUCAAAAGGAGUGGGGGCUGGACUCCCUCUACUCCCUCUGGCCUCUGCCCCUCCUGGAGAUGGGGGUCAAGGCAGCAGGACUGACCAAGUGACUACUGGUGGGCCAGAGGAACACAGCUGAAGCCCUGCACACCCUUGAUCUGAGCUGGGGGUUCUCUGGGAACCUGGAAUGGGUUCCCUGCUCUGGAAUGAAGGUCGGGUGCCGCCUGUUUCAACUUCUUGCCUUUAUUCUUUAAUUGGCAGGCAGGUGCGGGAGCCACAGCUGAACCCGACUUUGCUACAGUUCUCCCUGCUUCCCUGCCCUCCCUUUCCUACUGGAAUGAGCAAUGCAGAGGUUAUGGGGCUGGGUGACCACUGCCCAAUCCACUCUGGAUUUCAGACCUUAAGGUCACAGCCCCGCCAUGUGUCUCUGCAGACACCAGGGUCUUGCUCCAGUUAGGCCUCUAAUCCCUUGCUUUUGUAGUAUUAAUAGCUUCCCAGAAAUAUUUUUUGUAAUUAAAAUUUGAAUUUGAGUUCUUUUAAUUACCCCCAUCCUGCUUCCCCGUCCUUUCCCUGUCCCUAUAAGAAACCUUAGGUGUCCCACUGAGUAAGAAUUAAGGGAUGGAUCUUAAUUUGACCACAUUCCACUUAAGGCUUGGAGUCCUUGCCUGCCCUCUGUCAGCCGCCCUGCUGGCCCAGGUGAAAGGAAGAGGAGGGUUCUGGAUAAAAAGCCAGGAUGUAGCAAGAUCAGCUGUAUCUCAGGGUAGACUUCCUGUGGGGGUAAUGAGGUAAACGGGUUGAGAGCACUCUUCGGAGCACAGGCCCUAAGAUCCAUUAUGGAAGCGUAGCUUUUCAACUCGAACACUUGAAAAGAGCUGGGACAGUUUGGGCUGCACCAUGCUCUGUAAUGGAGGGUUGUUCGGCACCGACCACAGCAUCUCUGCUCUCGCCCAACCCCCAGCCCAGUGUGGCAACCAAAAUAUCUCGAGAAAUUGCCAAAUGUCUCCCAGGGAUAAAAUCAUCCACAGUUGAGAGCCACAGUUUUGAAAGUCAAGCUGUGUUUUCCUUAAGUGGUUUCCACAUGGCCUUCCCACCCGCAGCCUGGUGAGCCAGCACCCUCAGAGGGCAGGCUCAGCAGAACCCCGCACAUCCUUAGUUCAGCUGUGUUGUUUGUGCUCAAGUCUCUGCAGAGACGGGACGGGCCGUGCUGGGAUGAGAGCAGAGGAUCAGAAGCUGCAGGCACUGGCUGUGCUGUCCGUGCUAAGCGCCUCUCUGCUCUAGUCUUUGAACCCAGCGUAAGACUCAGGGACUUUGGAAGAUCAGGUGUCACCACGUGGCUAAAGAGUGUGCUUUAGAUGGGAAGGCGCUGUAGGAGCAGAGUCUUUAGGCCCUUUGUUUUCUCAGGUGUUUUUGUUCUGGCCCUUUCUUUGCAGGCUGAUUAGAAAGGCAGAACAAGACAGACAAGCUCCUGACUGCUCCUAGAAAAGAGGGCCGGGGUCUCAUUAGCUUUGUAAUAGGAAGCUUGUUUUGUGGUAAUGGGUCAGGGUUGUGGAAACUGAUCUGUGCCUGCUGCCUCCCUCCGUCCAGUUACCCCCGGUCUAGUGACUGAGACUUUCAUUUGUCCAAAGCUCUGCACUCUGGUGUCUCAGGCUCUAAGACUGGUCACGGAUGUCCACUCGGAGUUUGCCUCCGUGCGGUUUCAGUCAGGCCUGCCUCCCUAAGGGAGUUCACCUCAUAGCCCUAGAGGAGCUUAUUAAUUGGAGGCUACGUGAAUACUUGCUGGAGGACCUGUGUCCCCUGGCAGCAUGCUCCCAGGAAGGCCAUUGGCAAAAGGUUGGACAUAGUGUGGGUGACCCUGAGCUCCAGUUGUGCGUUAGUUUUUUGAGCAGUCCUUCCUGCUGAUGCUCUUCUGCCUCGAGCUACCUUCUCUAGUAUGUCUGCUGCCACCACUUAACAAGGUGAUUGGAAUGAGUUUGAGUCAUAAUUUAUAUUAAAAAGUUGAUGAUGGACUUUUAAGAUACAUUUUUUUCCAAUAAAAGAAUUAAGCAAAAA